AAGACCCAUAGAGGGCCCCACUUGUACACCAAUCAUAUAUAAUAAUUCUUCCAACACCCAACAUCACCUCUCAUAUACACAUACCUUGUGUAUAUAUGCUUCCGCACCAUCCUUUUUUAAUCUCUCUCUCUCUCUCUCUCUCUCUCUCUAGAAAUGGCUGCAUUUCCUUCUUUUAUCUCUCCCUCAUCUCAUCUCCUAUUCUCAUCCUUGUCUCUGCACUCGAUCCUCGUUUUCUAUUCUGUCUAGGGUCCAAGUUUCGGAGCUCUCUUUUCUCUCAUCUCUUCUUUAAUAUUCACAUAUAAAAUAUAAAUAUAAAUCUUUUUUUAAAUUAUUUUUUAUUUUAUUUUAUAUUUCUUCUUCUUCUCCUUCUUUUGAUGUGGAGAUGGCUGGAUUGGAUUUAAGCACAGCAUCAAGGUACAUACACCAUCUCCACCGUCCGGACUUGCACCUGCAGCACCAGCCCAACUCCGACGACGACGACAACCGGGGCCAAUUUGCCGCUGGCCACGAUGACAGCUCUCAGGGUGGCUUUGAUCUCGGGUCUAACAGCGCCGGACCCGGCGACAUCGUUGGGAGGCGCCCUCGGGGCCGGCCACCCGGCUCGAAGAACAAGCCCAAGCCACCGGUCAUCAUCACGCGGGAGAGCGCCAAUACGCUGCGAGCCCACAUACUCGAGGUUGGAGGUGGGUCAGACGUCUUCGACUGCAUCGCCAUGUAUGCCCGCAGGCGGCAGCGGGGAAUUUGCAUCCUGAGCGGGAGCGGCACCGUCACGAACGUAACGCUCCGACAGCCGGCCGCAGCAGGCGCGGUCGUGACGUUGCACGGGCGGUUCGAGAUCCUGUCGCUUUCUGGGUCGUUCCUCCCUCCACCAGCCCCGCCUGGCGCGACCAGCCUCACGAUCUAUCUCGCCGGUGGGCAGGGCCAGGUCGUCGGUGGGAGCGUCGUCGGGGCUCUGAUCGCAGCCGGGCCGGUAAUCGUUAUCGGUGCCUCGUUCACCAACGUCGCUUAUGAGCGGCUGCCGCUAGAUGAGGACGAGCAGCUGCAGAUGCAGCCGUCUGCUUCGCAAGCUUCGGGCGGAGAUGGUGGCAUCGCAAACCCAUUCCCCGACCCAUCUUCGGCUUUCCCGUUCUUGAAUUUUCCCCUCGGCAUGCCGCCCAAUUGUCAGCUUCCCGUCGACUGGGCAGGCAAUGCUGUGGGGCGACCUCCAUAUUGAGAAAUUCACUUCCACAACGGCCAGCUACUGUAGCAGCUAUAGUGUUGUGACCUUCCCAAAAUUCGAAUUCCAGCGACGCUGAAGUCGAUUGCAUCGGAAAGAAAUGGCUGUCUUUGGAUUGGAAAGGUCAGCACAUUCAAAGAUCAUGUAAAAUUAGUUCUUUUUUCUUUUUCUUUUUUCUUAUAUUUUGCUUGUUUUUCUUCAUCUUUGAUUUCCUUGAGAUGAUGAUAUUUUUCUUCAUGGAACUUCGCCUUUCUUGGUAAACAUUGGGUUUGAGUCCUAGUCUA